CAACCAAUCAGAGAUCUGGAAAAUGAUACAGAUGUGCUUCUCACUCAUCUGUGUGGUUGUGAUAAACUGCUGCAGUCCGUCUCCAUGCAGCUGGCUCAGUUACAGGAAGAUAAGAAAAGCAUCGAGUAUGCUUUAGAAAUCAAAUGGCUGGGGAUGGAAGACGUACUUCCUGAAGAGCUGGAAGUAUCCCAGAAGGCUUUGCUUCAGGAGGAGCUGGUUACACUCAGAGCCAGAAUAUGUGAUUUGUCAUCGGAGAUGGACAGAUUGUGGAGUGAUUAUGAACGGAUGGAGAGCGAGCUGUCCGUUUUCCAUUCUCAUCUCCAACACAUCUUUCACUUUGGGAUGCCACAGGAGCAGAUUCAGGCACAGAGGCAGCUCUGGAUGAUGGAGGACAUCUUGUGCGGUUUGAGGGUGAACAAGAACCACUUUAUGGCUUUAUUGGGUCUACAGAGGCAGGGUGCUCCUCAGACAAAAACUGUUUCCUACUUUGAGGGCGAGUUAGGAGGGAUCAACAUGGAGUGUGUGACUGAAGCGGAGCAGCAGGAAUACAUGAAGAUUCAUCAGAGUUACAAGAAGAUGAGUCCUGAACAUAAAGCCUCACAUGAACCACUGCAUCUGACACGUGUUGUGACGUCUACACUUCCGACGUCACUAAUCGCAGAGCGCAUUUUUGUGGAUGACCCCUAUCCUGAACCGCCUGAACAGAUCAAUCUACAGUCAGAACUGAGGAACAGCCAGAGGAGAGCAGCAAAGAAACCCAGCAGAACUCAGCAUGAGACGGCUGACAAAGACAGACACUUACACUGGGCCGACGGACUGGAAGAGAUGCAACAAAAGAAACCGGCUCAAAAUCACAACAGCAGUGCCAGAGAGAAGGCACUGGCUGAUAGAAAGGUCUGGACACACCGUCAGCAAGAGCUUGAGCCUGGAGCCUUGUGCCUUACAAACUCUGAGUCUGACUGUGACGCUGCUGUGAGCUCUCAGAAACGCCAAACUAAACCCAGACAAAUGGAUAAAAGAGACAGAAAUAUGAGUGCCACCAGAGAGAACUUCAUAGACGACAUUCAUCCCUUGAAACUCAUUACAGCCAGUGAGAAAGAGACAGAGAAGUACACAGCAGAUUCUGCUGUUGUAAACUUGAGUAAUGGCUACAGCGCUGAUAAACACACAUUUAAAAGCCACAGCAAUGAGUCGGCCAACCCAAUAAAGCCACAAUGUUGUGAUGCAAAAGCCCACAAUGAAUUCAAUGACAAAACAUCGCAACAAUCAUCUCACAAUGACAUCAUCGUCAUAGAAAGCCACUCCAUCAAUCAUAUUUCAACUCUUACGGUGUUUAAGGGACAUCAGGGAAACAAUCAAGCACACAAAACUCAUAAAAAUAACAGAAGGUCUGACCGACAAAAGUAUUCAGUCUCCGCUAACCUGAAAUCUGAGAGUUUUCUGUCAAAUAACCGACAGUGUGAGCUAGUCCCAGUCUACGUUCAUGACACAAAACCUCAAGAAUCUCUCAAUCCAGUGGAAAAUCAACAACCAGACCAGAGAGCCAAUCAAACGCUUGAUAUACCAGAGGGAGGAGACUGUGGAUGGAGCCAAAGUCCCAAAACAACAUCUAAAAUAUCACAAGCUAGAAUAAAAGAAAUGCCCAAUCAAUCACCAGACACUCAACCAAUCGCAUCGUCUGACAAUCAAUUGACACCCAAUUCUGACCAAUCCAAACCAGAGCUAUGCAUUUAUGAGGAAAUCCAGAUUAGUUCACCAAGAUCAGCAGAUAUUAAAGAGAAUCAGAAGAAUCAAACCAGUGGAGAUGAAACACAGCCAUUAAACCUCGCAGUAAACGAGUCUGGAACGUCUCACACUGAGGUCAAUGGGGAGUACAGUACAAAAAAUACAGAGAAAAGUCAAGCAGGAAGUGAUGUUACAUGCAAGAGAGAGAAGAAGCAGAAAGUUUACAGCUCUUCAAUGGAAAGCUCAGUAAUAAACCAUCAUGUCCAGGACUGUCAGCCACGAAUAACUGUGGUCAGCACCAGCCUGUAGACUACAGAGAGCCUGCAGAAGGUGUGAGUGAAAGAGGCAAUAAGACUCAGAAAAGAAGGAAGAGUUGGAAUAUCUUAAGUAGAUAGAAAGUAAAUGGUAAGAUAAAAGUGUUGCUUUCAGAAAAGCUUAGAUCCUUAAUGGAAUAUGAUAAUAUGCUGAUGAUUAUCUGUGUGUGGAGAUCUUGUCUGAUGAUUAGGGAUUAAGAAAACUGCAUUCCAUGUGAAACUCAUAAACUGCAUUUUUAUUUCAGAAUGGGUCACAUUGCUGCUGAUUAAACACUGUGGUCAUUUUUGUGUUAUUUAGCAACUGUCAUGAGAAGAAUUCAUCAUUUUUAAACAUGCACACUAAAUUUCUUUGACUACUUAUAUAAUACCUGCAUACCUCUAACUGCAUACAAACUCUGAAGGUUAUUAAUA